AUGGCUUCCACGUCUGCCUCCGUGAGCACCUAUGAGCUUCAUGAGCGUCUGACCACUCGAGUCGACGUUACCUUCCCUCAACAAGGCGCAGUUGAGGUCGCCUACCCUCACCAAGCCGUGAUCGAUGUCGAUGACAACCCAGAGGCCCCGGUACAAGAAGAGCUCAGGCGGGUCGAUGGUGGGCGAGAUGCCUGGGUGGUUCUUAUCGCGGGCUUCAUAAUCGAAGCACUGUUUUGGGGCUUUCCGAUGUGCUUCGGAGUGUUCCAGAACUACUACACCAAGCUUCCAGAGUUCAAGGAUGACAUCUCCAAGGUCCCCGUGGUCGGAACUCUCGCGCAGGGUCUGGUAACAGUCGGCUGCCCCCUUUCCGCAUAUUUCGCGAAACGUUUCCCGCGAUACCGGAGGGUUCAGAUAUGCGUUGGGUGGCCUCUGCCCAUCCUUGGCCUACUGACCGCCUCCUUUGCCACAUCCGUCAAUGGCUUGAUUGGAACGCAAGGCUUCCUCUACGGGUUCGGCUUCCUGACGCUUAUGUUUCCCAUUAUUAGCAUGGUGAACGAGUGGUGGGUUGCUCGCAAGGGCAUGGCGUUUGGCCUCAUUUCUGCAGCGUCGGGGGCGACCGGCGCCGUCAUGCCCUUCAUCAUAGAGGCUCUCCUUGCCGAAUACGGCCAUCGCACGACACUACGGGCCAGCGCUGUGGCGAUGACGAUCCUGACCGCGCCACUGCUUCCGCUCUUCAAGGGUCGCGUGCCAACAGCAAGCCAGUCCAGUCUGGGGCGGACGGAUUGGACGUUUUUAACAAAACCAACCUUCUGGGUGUACGCAUGCGCUGUCCUAGUCCAGGGUCUCGGAUUCUUUUUUCCUGUCGUGUUCCUGCCGUCGUACGCGUCGUCUCUGGGCUUAUCGCCGUUCAAUGGAGCGAUACUUUUGGCGCUGCUGUCCAUUGCGCAGGUCCUCGGACAGUUCGUCCUUGGCUUUUUAUCGGACAAGAACUUCUCGGCCAGCACAUUGGCCACUGCAUGCUGUGCCGCCACGACGAUUGUCUCUUUUACGGCAUGGGGGCUGGCCAAAUCCAUGCCGCCUCUGGCCGUGUUUGCGCUCAUCUAUGGCUUCUUUGGCUUCGGCUUCGGCACCCUUCGCGUCGCCAUGGGUCGGGCCGUGAGCAGCGAACCUAGCACCGUGUUUGUGACGUACUCCAUUUUCGGCGAGGAAGAGGCUCUCGAAUUGAAGGACGACGCGGGAAAUGGCCCCGACGCAAACUCAACCGACGACGUCAAUCGUCGAACCCUGCUCGCAGUGACCACGGUCCCAUGGGACACGUCGUCGCGCUAUCCUGAGCUGCCGCGAAGUGUCGAAGACGUGAAAGUCUCCACAGACUCGACGGAGGCCAAUCUGAUGGAGCUGCGCGAGGCGGACCGAAGGACCAUGACCAUGUCCCUACGAGAAUACGAGACAUGGUCCGAAUACCGCCACGCAUCCUUCACACGACGACGCACGAAGCGAUUCCGGCAGUGGUCCGGCCUGGGGGUCAUUGCAGAGCAUAGAAAUGGCGACGACGUGCUCGACAUCCUGGGGUUUCUCACCGGCGAGAUGGUGCGUCGGCUUACCGCGCUGGCUUUGGCACUCCAGCGUCGAGAGCUGCACACCAGCAACGCGCGAUCUGCGGACAGGCCGUCUCAAAAGGAGGACCUUGGUCUCUUCAGCCUCGGUGGUCUCGGCGCGGACUUCAGCUGA